GUGGGGAGAUUGGCGUGCCGGGAACCAACCAGAGCCCUCCGUUCUCCCCGUGUAGCCAAUGGGAGGCAGGGGGCGGGCCUCGGCGCCAAGCGUGGGGCUCGUUGAAUGUGAAGGAUCGGGAGAACAAUUCUAUUUCAGAAUGCCAAAAAUGAAUGGAGGAAAAAAAGAAAAGAAGGCAGAAAAAAGAAAAAAGCUGAAGCAACAUGUGGCCCAAAAGGAAGAGCUGGAACCAGAAACUGAACCAGUGAAGAAGAAGAAGAAGAAGCAGAAGCAAAAUCUGCAGGCAACAAAAGAAGAGGAAGAACUUAUUGCAGAGGAAGAGCAAGAACUUACUCCAGAGGAGAAGAGGAAACUGGAAAGAAAAUUAAAAAAAGAGCGCAAGAAGAAGGAGAAACAGCUGAUGAGGGAAGCUGGAAUCUCCAUUAAAAAGGCGGCACCCCAGAAGCCAUCGGGAUCUGAGCGGGCUCUGGCCUAUUUAACCAGCUGGUCUGAAAACCCAGGAGAAUGGAAGUUUCAAAAGGCAAGACAAACGUGGCUUCUCCUGCACAUGUAUGAUAAAGAGAAGGUUCCAGACAAGUAUUUCACCAUUUUACUGGAUUAUCUGCAAGGCCUUCAGGGCGGGGCAAGAGACAAAACUGUGGAGAAAGCUGAAGCUUUUAUGAAGGAAUUUGAUGGUUCUGAUGGAGAAGCCCCAAACGUGCUGGAGAAGUGUGAACGCGUACGACAAGUUCUGCAACUGCUGUCCUGAGAGUAUUUUUGUGUCUUAAUGCUUGUCUGGUGGAGAGGAGGAGAGGAUGUCAUAUACAGAGGCUAUAAGUGAGUUGUAAAGACGUCAUUUUCUAAAAGUAAUCCUAAGUUUUGUACUCAUAAUUUUUUGCAAUUGCAAAUAUUUAUCAUGUUUUGAGGCGAUGAAAUAAAAAUAACAUAUAUGGUCCAUAGACUUCCUAUUGAUCUUACUGCACGUCUUUAACAAAUAAACCUCUCUCCCUCUCAUUAGUUUUUCUCCAUCUGCCCCUGUAAUUACUGUUAAAUAAGAGGAACUUUACAGUUCUUAAUAAGAAGAGCAAAGGAACCAA